UGUUUAUCAUUUGUAUUGUGAUGAUACGCAAUUCAAACAAAGUGAAAAUUAUUUAGUAUUUUUUCAGUCUUCAACUCGUGGACAUCUAAAUCAAUCGAAAUAAAGUCGCGGUUUUUAAAAUGACAAACACGUUAGCUGUUUGUCUCCUUGGAGCACUCCUUUGUUGCUCUGAUUUGUCGUUGGCUCGACAAAUACCGAAAGAAUGCAGCAAGGGCCCCGAGUACUGGUGUCAGUCCUUGAGGUCGGCGGCGGAUUGCGGCGCCGUGGGGCACUGUGUGGACGCGGUGUGGCAGCGGCAGGCCGUGCCCGUGCGCCGCGGCCCCGUGUCCGACAAGUUCGUCAAGCUGUUCAACGAGCUCAAGGAUGUUAAGGAUCUCAUUAAUGAGGACUACCUAUCCACCCGAGUGAGCUCGGCCUGCCAGGACGCUUCCAUCGGCGCUGCCUCCAAGAUCUGCAAGGAGAACACGGCCCAGCUCGCGACGUACCUCAGCCACGUGCUGUCUUCAGACGUGCGGGCCGAGACCAUGUGUGUCAUCGUCGGCAUGUGCAACAACGAGAAACUGGAUAACUUGGUUGAAUUGAACAAAAAGAAAAUUGGCCAGUCCACUGACCACAAGGAACACAAACAAGUGCUGCUCGGCGCUGAAAAAUGCACCUGGGGACCGUCCUACUGGUGCUCCAACAUCAGCACGGGCCACGAGUGCAAGGCGACCCGGCACUGCAUAGAUCGCGUGUGGUCCAAGAUGGAGGUGAAGAACGACACGGACUCCAUCUGCAAGAUCUGCACCGACAUGGUCACGCAGGCCCGCGACCAGCUUGAGAGCAACGAGACCCAGGAAGAACUAAAGCAAGUGUUCGAAGGCUCCUGCAUGCUGAUCCCUCUCAAGCUGGUGCGCAAGGAGUGCAUGAAGUUAGCAGACCAGUUCGUGCCCGACCUGGUGGAGACCCUGGCGUCGCAGAUGAACCCGCAGACCGUGUGCUCGGUGGCGGGGUUGUGUAACAAUGCGGAGAUCGAUAAGAUGCUCGUCGGAUAUAACGAGGUGUUGAAGCAGCGUACCGAGUGCCAUGGCUGCCAGCGCACCGUCGCCGGCAUGCGCAAGCGCUUCGACGAGACCAGCUACGAGACCUUCCUGUACAACAUGCUGCAGGCGUGCCGCAAGGCCGGCUCCCUCUCCGACGCCUGCUCGAUGCUGGUGUUCAAGUACUACGAGAACAUCGUGGCGACGCUCAAGAGCGACUUGCAGCCGGCCGGAGUGUGCCACGUGAGCGGGCAGUGCGCCUACAAGUACCAUCAACACGAUGAAUACGUGUUCCCGAAUGAUCUGGCCAGCGAUGUGGAGGUUAACGACGACGUCCCCUGCGAGUUCUGCGAGCAGCUGGUGCUGCACCUGCGCGACGUGCUGGUCGCCAACACCACCGAGAUCGAGUUCUUCAAGGUGCUCAAAGGUCUCUGCAAACAGACCGGCAACUUCAAGACGGAAUGCCUAAGCCUCGUGGACCAGUACUACCCGGUGAUCUACAACUACCUCGUGUCGGACUUAAAGCCAAAAGAGAUUUGCGCGCUGAUGUCCGUGUGCCCCAACGGGAACACUGAGCCUAUUGCCCCGUUGGUGGACAGAGAGUUGACGGUCAAGGCUAUAACUCCCAGGAAACAGCUGAUUGGUACAGACGAAGCUAAUAGCUACAAGAUGGACAAGCAAGAGAGCGUGGUGGUUCUAGGCUCGGAGCCCGCGCCCGCGCUGCCCAUAGAGCGUAUGUUCGUGAGUCUGCCACAGAGCAAGGCCGCCUGCUCCUUCUGCCAGUACUUCCUGCACUACCUGCAAGUGGAGCUGAGCGACACCAACACUGAGGACCGCAUCAAGGACGUGGUGGACAAGGCAUGCCUGCGCCUGCCCGAGACUGUCAAGGACGAGUGCCAGCAGUUCGUUACUGAAUACGGACCGGCAGUCAUCGCCCUGCUUGUACAGGAAAUUGACCCCGCCAGUGUAUGCCCCGGACUCGGCAUCUGCCCCAUGACGCAAGAGGUGAAGAAAGUGGACAUCAACUCCGGCAAGUCCAACUGUCCGCUGUGCCUGUUCGCAGUGGAGCAACUCGAGGCCAUGCUGAAGAACAACCGCACUGAGACAAACAUCCGUACGGCCCUUGACCAGCUCUGCAACCACCUCUCCACCAAACUCAAGACCCAGUGCGUAGACUUCGUCGACCAGUACACGGACCAGUUGGUCAACAUGUUGAUCUCCGAUAUGGACGCGCAACAGAUCUGCGUCUACCUCAAACUGUGCACGGAUAAUGUGGCCGACCCGCUCAAGCUGAAGGGAGAUACGAAGCCGGAACCGAAAUUGAGCGCUAUUGAUAAAUUCUUCGAGAGGCCCGAGAUGCAAAAGGACUUGAACCAUUUCAACAAGAGGAAGCAAGCCAAGGAAGCGGAGGCGAAGCACGUUGGCGGUGAUAUUGAGACGAACGAAAUCGGCGACCACACGGUGAACGGGCGGCCGCUGGCGCCGCGCUCCGCCAAGGGAAUCUGCGUCAUCUGCGAGUUCGUGCUCAAGGAGAUCGACGAGCAGAUCAAGGACAAACACAAUGAUGACGAGAUCAAGAAGGUAGUCCUCGGCGUCUGCAAGCACAUGCCCAAGACGGUGAAGCCGGACUGCGACAUGUUCGUGGAGAAGUACGCCGACCUGGUGAUCAGUCUGUUAGCCCAGGACCUGGACCCCGACACCGUGUGCCAGGAGCUCAAGCUGUGCAGGAAGCCCGCUGGGGUGGCCGUGGAGAAGGCUAAACUGGAGAUCCUGGACUGCGCGAUCUGUGAGACAGUCGUCAUGGCGGUGCACAAGGUGCUGGCCAACGAGAAGGUGGACCGCGACGUGGUGCAUGUUGUGGAGAAGAGCUGUGCUCUUCUGCCCGCCAAGUACAAUGACCGGUGCCACCUGCUGCUGGAGAUCUACGGCGACAGCAUCAUCCACCUGAUCGAGGAUUUCGGCACGAAGGGCGUCUGCCAGAAGAUCGGGCUGUGCGCCGCGCGCGCCGGCACCUACGUCGACCUGAUGAGGGGCGGCCGUUGAUUCUACAAUCAACAUCCUCAAAAUAAGAUUGUAGCUGUAAUUGGAAUCUCCUUUACUUAAGCCAUGAUUUUUACCAAAUCUUAGGUAGUUUUAAGCUUUUAUGUGUUAACAAUCAAAUAUUGUGACUAUUCCUUAUCGCGUCGGAGGAAGGGCGAGAUUGGAGAUUACUUUUUGCUUUUAUGUCAUUCCAAAAUGGAGAUUUUUUAAUAAUUUUUAGGAAAGUGUAAAGUGUACUUAUAGAUGUAAAGAAUAGUCAUAGCAUUGAUGCGUCCUUAGUUUCUGGCUAUCGUAUAUUUAGAAGUACGUAAAAGAUUUUAUGUAAUCUCUUAAAUAUGUAUUCUAUAUCCAGUUAUUGUGUCGCUAUUCCUUUCUGCAACGAAGCAAUAUCUUCUAGUACGUCAGCCUGUGAUAAUGUUAUCAUUCAUUUUGUAAACAGUUUGUAUACUUAAUAAAUAAAUUGGG